CGCGUGUGUAUCAAAAUGUGCGUUGUGCAGCAUCCGCGAGCUGGUGCAGUGCACAAACGCUGGCUCCUGCUCAGCCAAGGUGUGCAAAACGAGGGGGACUUGUUGUCAAAACAUCCAUUUCACUCCCAUCAAGACAAGCCCACCAUCAUGAGCUCCUCCGUCUUCCGCCGUCGACCUCGCGACGACUCCAGAGGUUCGUCCCCGUCCCGGUCCUCUCCCGCAGCUCCGGAGUCCCGCGGGAGGCUCCCGGGGGCGUCCGUCUCCCGCGAGAGGAGGGACCUGGACUCGCGGCUGCGGGAGAAGGAGCAGCUGGCGGUCCUCAACGACCGCUUCGCAGGCUACAUCGAGAAGGUCCGACUCCUGGAGCUGCAGAACCGGGCGCUGCUGGCCGAGUUGGAAGGGCCGCGGGGGCGAAGGAGCCGCCCGUCCCGCCUGCGGGCGGUUUACGAGGGGGCGGCGCGCACUUUGAGGGCCGAGAUGGAGACGGAGAGCCGGGAGAAGAUGCAGAUGGAGGCGGCGAGGGAGCGCCUGAAGGAGGUUCACGAGAGGGCGAGCGAACGCUGCAAGGGGGAGGCCCGGCGGCGGGAGGAGGCCCGGGAGGCCCUGCUGCAGGCCCGGGAGGAGGCGGCACGGGCGGCGCUCUCCUACCUCGACGCCCGUGCCGCCGUGGACUCCCUUAGCGACGAGAUCGUCUUCCUCAACAAGCUGCGUGACAUUUGCAAGGUCUUCGCCGAGGAGACCGCGGAGCUGCGGGCCCACCUGGAGGCGGCCAACGUCAGCGUCGGGGCGGCGGCGGAGCGGCCCCCACGCCCGGGGGCGGCGGCGCGGGACGUCCGGGCGCAGUACGAGCGGCAGGCCGGCGAGAACGCGCGAGCCGCGGAGGCCCGGUUCAGGAGCGAGUGCGCCGUGGCGGAGGACGCGGCCAGCAGGGACCGCCGGGCGGCGCUCGCCGUCCGGGAGGAGACCGUGGAGUACCGUAGGAUGCUCCGGGCCCGAUCCGCCGACAUCGAGGCUCUCCGGAACGUCGUCCGGGUGCUCGACGAACAGCUGGGAGAGCUGGAGGAGACGCAGGCCGAAGAGGUGGACAAGUACCAGACGAGGAUCGACCAGCUGCAGCGAGACACCGACGACGCCAAGCGGGAGAUGGCGCUCUACAUGAGGGAGUACCGAGACCUUCUCAAUGUCAAGCUGGCGCUGGACAUCGAAAUAGCCGCGUACAGGAAACUUCUGGAAGGCGAAGAGCUGCGGCUGUCGUAUCCCUCCCUUGCAGCCGCACGCCGACAAAGCUACUUACAAGCGGCGACAGCGAUGUUCCGAGGCGUGGGGGUCGCCCGGCUGCUGGCGCCCAGACAGGCCGUGCUGGUAGAGGCGCAACGCGGGCGAAAGUCGCGCACCGACCCGGUGGCCAAGUCCAAGCAGGGGCGAGUCAAAGUGCCUCCCCCGGUGGACCCGGUGGAGAUGGUCGUGCUGCGAGAGAGAUACGGCGACUACAGGCUCAUCAUGAGGGCGCUGCGUGUGGAGUUCAAGGAGGAGGUCCUGCGGAGGAAGUACGAGGAGGAGACGGGCUCCAUGGCGGAGGAGCGAGCACGGCAGGAGGCCGAGGAACACCAGAACCUCAUGGCCUUCAACUGCCAGGAGAACCUGCGCCUGCUGCAACUACGACUAGUGAGGAUCCAGAAGGAAACCGAAGAGGCGGAACGCAAAAAGCUGGAAGAGGCUUUCCAGCGAGAACACCAACAGCAAGAAUUCAUCAAGCAGAAAGAGGAGGAAAUAGCGCAGUUGCAGGAGGACGCAAAGAACUUCAUCACGUUGGACAACUUGGACCAACGCAUCGAGGAAGCGCUGGACAACCCGAAGAAUUACAAUUUUGCUGUGGACAAGAAGGGCAGAGUUGUCAAACAGACAGUUUUGCACUGACAAUAUGGGACAAAAAAUACCAGCAAAGUGGAUUUUGAUGCAUCACACCCCUCCCCCCCAAAAAAAAACUCUUCCAGCUGUUGAAUUGUCUGCGUAUGUACUUGUCAUUUUCAAUGUAAUACCAAUAAAUUAAUGUAGACUCUA